CGUCACAUUUGUUGAUCCGAAGUCAUGCAUCACACACACACACACACACACGAAUUCAUGUAUCAGUCACGCCUUGGCACUUGCUGUGUCUCCCACACUCACACCACGCCACACUCGUUGGCAUUCUCAUCGGUCUGGGCAGCUACCACCUGCCCCUGCCCCUGGUCUCGCCGCUGUGUGUGUACAUGUUGCCAGGCCCCCCAUGAGACAAACGGUGCGACUCCUCUGUCAACACGAUGGGCGGCCACCUGUGUGUACAGACACACGCAACAGACACGGGAUGAGUGUCAGCCCCUAUUUUGUCCCGAUCUCUGCGUACCAGUCUUGGUCGCACACAUUGCCUGCGCCGUCUUCUGCAUGUCGGUCGUCGCUCACGGCCUCCUGUCUCUGUGUGAGGGAGAUCAGCGAAUGCAGCUCCGGGCUGUGCGACAGCCCACACUGCGCCAAGAUCGAUAAACGCCCGACGGAUGCGCGGACACAAGGCGGGGAGUGGCAUUCUGUUCCGCAUUUUUCAUUCACUCGCCCACUCACCCGUUUGUAUGCGUCGAUGAGGGCCGUGUAGAGCCGCAUUGGCAGGCGGAUCCGCGUCGCCGCAGCAUGGGUCAUCAAGUGAUAACCUACACCGCACAUGGUCAUGUCGAUACGCAUGGUCUGUGUUGGUGACUGUCUCGACGUAUGUAUGUACCGAGUUCUAGGUUUUGCUUCUGGAUGCAUCCGUCCAUGAGGGUGGCGUAGAGGCUGUGGGUGACGUAGGCGCCGAGAGGUGUCGACUGCAGCGACAGGAACAACUGAAUCGACCAACACACAAAAGAGGGAGGCACAGAGACAUACACGGCUCAAUAUGUAUGUGGGUGGAUGCAUUUCGGCGUGACGCUCUCCAUCCAUGUGUGUCUACCCCCAUUGCGUCUUUGAGGAGUCCGCACUGGACCAAGCCCUGUCAACACGUUGCGCAACGGAAAGUGUCACGUUGCGCAUCUAUCAGCCCUGCAGAGGCCAUAUAUACAUACAUACAUACUUGUACGGCGCUUUCGUAGAAGUGAAUGUCAGGUGUGACGGCCUGGUCUUGCUUCAUGCUGUCCACCACCUAAAGCAUGAAGUGAACACCAAGCAAGGUACACGAAAACAUACACGAAAGCACACACCUAGGUGUACCUUUGCGACGCCUUGUCCGUCGCCCGCAUUGGCGUACGCUUUGAUGAGGGCCGUGUAGGUCAGCACAGACGGCGGGAUGGACGAGGCAGACAUCUCGGACAACACCUAAACACACCCAUGGGUCGGUACCCACAACACACACGCCCUGGUCGCUUACCGUCUUGGCCAUUCCGAUAUCACCGCACCUCGCGCACGCGAGCAGCAGGCCGUCGACCACGGCCAGCAGGUCAACCGUGUUCACGGGAGUGAUGCACCGCCGCAUCUCCGCAAACGAAGAUAGAGACGCAUCCAGCUGCCCUGAGAGAGCGUAAGCCUGCACGCAUGACGGGACACACGCAUAAUGCGUACAUGGGAAUGCCGCAUCAUGUGUGUAUGCUUGUGUCUCAAUGAGGUAGGUGUACGUGCCUUGCACAUGAUCAGAUGUGUGGUGGCGUUUGGCCGGACACGAUCGCGCUUCAUCAUGCCCAGCAGCUUGCGCGCGUGCUGCAUGUCGUUGCAUCGCGCGGAUGCGUCGAUGCACAGGUUGUGGGUGAGCACAUCGGCUUUCAGCCCCAUCUCACGCAUCUCAUCCACCAACUGCAGGAGCAUACGCGCAUAUGAUAUGUGCGGAUGUGCAGAUUGUGUGCGACACUGACUGACCUGCAUGCAUCUGUCGAGGCGUCCCAUCCCGCCCUCCAUCUUUAUCAGGGCGUUGUACACGCGGCCGUUGCCCACCACACGCCGCCCCUGCAUCUCUUGAAACAAAGCAACAGCCGUCUCGUCUGCAUUGGCUGCACACACACACACACACACACACACAUACACAACAUACAAUACACAUUCACCGUGAUGAUAUCUGUCUCUGUUGAAAGCAGAGGCCACAUCCCACCUUCGACAGCUCCCCAGAUGAGGUUGGAGUAGAUGAGGCUGUCGGUCAGCAGACCAGAGGCCUCCAACUCGUCUUUCAACGCAAGAGCGCGCGGCAAUGUGACAGGCGACAGAACAUACGCCUGUCACCGAUUGACCCACCAGACAGAGAGGCGAAUGUUUAAAGUCCUCUCUGGCGGAUUCAGUUACUUUGAUGAGUAUGGAGUAGGUGACGAUGGAUGACGGUGUGAUGCCCGCGUCGAGCAUGCGGUUGAAGACCUCCUCGGCCCUGUCGACCUUCCCAAACGUCACGCACGCAUCCAUCAACGACGCAAAUAACACCUGCACGAUCGAAACAGAACCAUAUACACUUCUCUCCCUAUGUGUGUGUGAGAGAGAAAGAGAGAGGGAGAGUAUGUUUGUUUACCUCGUCGGGCAUGAUGUUUUGCCUCCGCAUGUCCUCCAGGCACUGGAAGCCCUUGGUCAGGUGCUCAUUCUCACUGCCAGGAUGUGAUGACGUGUGCCUGCAGAUACAAAGGGAUGAUGUAUGCACACGCUCACAGAGUGGGACACAUUUGAACUUGCUUGUAUAUUUUGAGGCCUUUGAUGAGUGUCGAGUAGGUGACGCUGUCAGGAGACACGCCCUGGGCCUUCAUCGUCUCCAGCAGCUGCCACGCACCUUCACACAGGCACACAUACACACAAUAUGCAGACACCUGCAUGUGUGUCCUUGCUUGUUUUAUAUAUGUGUGUACUUUCGACUUGUUUGGCCUUGACGCAUCCGCACAUGAGUGAGUUGUACGUCACCACGUCGGGCUCGAUGCCCUCUUGCUGCAUCGUCCCCAGCAAGUCAAACGCACGAUCCAAACUCUGCAGACAUGUACGCACACAAAUACACAAACGGAUACGUUUGCGUACGUUUGGGUGUAGUGAAGGUGUGUAAGAGCCAAGUCACUGACCCCGUUGGUGUAGUGUGCGCGCAUCAUGAUGUUGUACGUCAGCCGAGAGGGCUUCACCUGCACAGUUGCACACAGGCACAAUCCAGAAGAUGCACACGUGACGUGCACAUCGACACAAAUCCAGUGAGUGCGUGCAUGUGUGCAGGCAGGGCUGUAGUACGCUUUUCUCCUUCAUGCGCUCGAACAGCUCGAUGGCUCUGUGCGGCUGCCGGCAGUGUAUGCACACGUCCAGCAGACAGUUGUACAUACCGCUGUCAGGCGUCCGGCCCAAACUGACACGACACGCACACACACCAACACCACAACAAACGUAAGUAUGAGCUCAAACCACGGAAACCCUGUUACCCCUACACUACAUACCUUUCCCAGACUUGGAAGAUGCCCUCUGCCUUUUCCGCCUCGCCGAUCUGUCCGGCGCACCGCAUGAGUGUCAUGAAGGAGGAGAUGCUGGGUGAGGGAUCGUGCAGCCAUGGCCGAGGGUCGCACAACAACUGAAGGACAGACACGCGAGACAGACAGAACGGAGUCACAUGGAUGCUUCUCAUCUUUGUCUGUCGGUGUGAUGGGUGCAUGCAUUCACGAACCCACCUUAGCAGCGUCUCUUUUGCGGCCCACUUCCACCAGUUUGGACACCAGCAGCGUGCAGAUGUUCAGAUUGGCAAAGCCUGAAGAGACGAAAAAGCUGUGCCCGUGUCUGGCGUCCAUGUCUCUAGUUGAAAUGCGGACGUACCUCGCUCGUUCAUUUCUGCGAACCACCUCAUGGCGUCGUCGAGCCGCUCGCGAUACGUCAGGUUGCGCACCAGCUGGGCGUAGAGGGCCAGAGACGCCUUGUUGGACUGACGCGCCUCCUGCACAGCACACAGCACACAGCACACAUACGUCACGUGCGCUUGGUCGGUUGUUUUGAAGGGUCACCUGGAACGUCUGGAAGACCCUCUGCAUGUUGCCCGUGGCGAAGUACAGCUCAAGCAUCGAUAUGUAGAAGGGGGUCGACAGAUCCAUUUUCAAUGACAACAUGUCUGCACAGCCAUAGACACAUACAUUUGUGUGUGUGGGUGAGUGUACGUGGGCAAUUUUCUUCUUCGCUUCUUCGUUUUUCUGUUUCCGUGAGUGCCUCCGCUCGACUCACCCUGUUUCAGCUCUUCGACACGGCGCACUUGUUUCCUGCUGGCGUAGAGCUUCACCAGCAGAUAAUACGAAUACUCGUCAAGCGGCAAAUCUGACCAAACACAGCCGGUGCACAUGACACGGAGGAAAUCUGAGUGCCUUCCUGUCUCGUCCUGACUGUUCUGCCAGCUCUGCUGCACGAUCAUCUCAGCCUUGCGCAGAUCUCCAGUCUCCAUGGCAACCUGCGUCGCAGACACAGAGGAUACAAGGCCCAACUAUGCUCAAGCACGCAAGCUCACUUUGAGCAUGAGGUUUCGUUUGCUGAUUGCCGUGAAGGUGUCAGACUCCUUCGCCUCGGUCACCAGCUGGUACAUCUUCUCACACGGCAUCGGGUGGCUGCCCCUCGUGUCACCGCUCACCUGAGGAAGCCAGUCAGUUAGCGCAUGCAGACAAAGAUGCACACACACGUGUGCAUGCGAUUCAUAGACAUGGACACGUACACACGUGGAUGCUUACGGAGUCCAUGGAUGGCUGCGAUGGCGUGGUGAGCAGUGCAGUGGUGUCCUCUCCCUCUGACGUCCGCUGCCCGUCAUUGUCCUUCGACCGGCCGCCGCGGACCACCUCUGGCCCUGUCGACGCGAAACACACAUUCGGAGGGAUUCCUCUGGACACACGUAUGUUUGGUUGGUGGUACCGGCGGCCUUGAUCGGGUCGAAUCCAGGGGGAGGGAAGGGACUCGGAACAGUGAAGGAGGGAUCGAUCUGAGUGCCUGUUGGCAAGGAGGGAGAAGACACGCAUGUCUCGAUGAGUGCAUGUGCGUAUCCUUGUCUGCAACGGACCUGAUCGCGCUGUCACCUCACGUAUGACGUACUGGUACAGCCGCGUGCUCGCCACGCCGCGCUCGCCAGCCUCCUGCACACAGGCACAGAUACUCAUAUUCGCAGAUGAAAAGACGGUCCAAUAUGAUGCGAUGCAAGUGGCAUGCGGACCUUGAGGAACUCCUCCGCCAUUUUCUUUUCGUUUGAGUUGAUCGAGCACUUGAUGAGCGACUCAUAGAAGUGCUCAGUCGGUGGCAGGGGGGGCAUCCGAUGAGAGGAUAUGCCCUGCGCACAUACAGGAAUACGCAGAAAAGUGUCGUGAUAGAUGGACAUCCACAUUAUCUGUGUUUGUCUGUGUAUGUGUGAAUCCCACCUUGACCAUGGUGGCGAACUCGAGCCGGUCGGUGUUGCCCAGGGUGAUCGUCAGGCGAUACACUACAUCGGCAUCAACUUGCAACAACAACGCUGAGGCAGAACAGAGGCAAAAGUGAUGUCUCUCUCGGAUACUUUUCGUGCAUUCAUACCAUCUGCAGGGCAAAGGGGCGUCUCCCCGGUGAUGAGAUGGCUGACCACAUGCAUGAGGAUCCACCCAACACACAAGCCAUCGCCCCUUGCCUUCAGGCACGCGUUCACGAGCAGCACCGCCACCCCCCACGCCUCAUGCCCCCCCUCGCCCCCGUCCAGAUACCCACACACGUCACGUUUCGUCAACAGAAGCGUCAGGGCAUCCAGCAGCUGACGCAGGGCAUCAGCGUCGAGAGGCCCGGAGGGGAACUGCAUACCGGUCGCGUCGCUGUCUCUGUCUUUGUUGAGGAAUAUGCCGGUGCCAGUUGGAAUCUUCUUGGACUGCAGGAUGGUAGCGUUGACUAGCAGUAUCCACCACUCGACGGCAAACGAUGGGCUCGGAAGCAUCGAUUGUCCUGUGCUCUAAACCGAUCACAUAAGCAAUCAGAGCAUUGGGUCAUGUGAAGCUUAGUCUCUGUGGGGCUCACCGUAGUGAGUGUUGCGAUGGAGUUCCACAGCCGCCAGAGCUCCUCCACCCGGCCCUCACGCAACAGCCGCUGGCCGUCCCUGACCCAGCAAAGCGACAAGGCCCCCGAACUCAUAUCAACUACCUGCAUACACUCAGCACACGAGGAGGAGACACACAAUCCUGUGGCUCACGAAGACCGACCUAUCUGUGUGAACACUCACCUCGUCCCGAGCAACGAAGUCAUGGUUGUUGCUCAAGCUAGUGGCUCCUUGGUCAUGGCCGUGGAUCGACGCUGCUGCCGCACAAGCGUCGUCCUUAUGUCGUGCCUCAGGCUUUUGGCCUGGCUGCUGCGGCUCGUGCGCUCCCCGUCUGUUGCAGAGAGAGAGGAGACAGGUGAGGGGCCACGAGAGCACCGCCAUGAUAGUCUCGUCCGCAUACAUCCUGCGGCACAUGUAGAGCUGCACACACACAGAAGGAGGGCGCCCGAAAAAGAGUGCGGAUUCAUUCUUAAGGCCUUCCAUUCCUCACCGCUAGGCAGCAGCAUUGCGUAAUGAUGAGAAUCUGGACGCACUCGGUGAGGAUACCGGAAUAGCUGCCGCUCAGAAAUCGCCACCAGUCCAUCAUCAUCAUCCCUAUUCACCACCAAGGGACUUAAAUCCUCAGGGGAACGCCGUUAAAGCAGAAACGCCGACGAAUACGUGUACAUGGGUGGGCUGCUGUAUGGGGAAGGCGCUGUGAAGCUGUUCUGCAACGCAAUUCUGCUCGUCUUGGGUCUCAGUGAAAGAGGAGGAAGACGGAAGGCUUCAGAGUCUCAGGCGCUUCUGCACUGCAGAGGAGGCAGGGAACAAGACAAGGGAUGGAAAAGGAGCUCAAUGGCAGAUAGAGGCG